CUUUGGGAAUUGCGAAUUUGUCUAUCGCUAUUAUUCUUGUUUUCCAUUUUAUUUUGCAAUAAUUUCAAAAAUUAAAAACUGAAUCAAUUCGAAAAUGUCAGAAGACGGGAAUCUGGACGAUUUUUUUGCUAAAAAAGAUAAAGUAAAGAAGAAAUCGAACAAAACGAGGAUCACGCCAGACGAUAUUGGGCAGAUGUUAGAAAAAAAAUUGGCGAAGGGGGCCAAGAAGGCAACUGGGGACAAGUCGAAACUGAAAAGUAACGCUAAUUAUCCGGAUUCUCACGUACUGAACGUCAAAGUUGACGAAGAUGAUGGGGAAUGGAAAGAGGUUGAGAAAGAAGAAGAAAAAGAUUUUUCUAAUUUAAAAAUCCAAAGUCUCAACAUAAGUGCAAAAGUGGAUGCAGAGCAGGAUUCGAAUGGUACCGGCCAAUCAGAUGCUGAGGAAGGAAACGACAAGAAGGAUGUUGUGCAAGGUCCCUGGAAGCCAAUCCCUGCACCUGUCGUUCAACUCCAAUGUGAACCGGUAACACCAGUUGAAGAGCGACAGCCAAAAGAACCACCCCAACAACAACAGCCACCUGCAUCUUCAUCAACAACAGCAGCAGUAACAUCGUCUUCUUCUUCUUCGACCUCAUCUACAACCACAUCAGUAACGCCCAAACAACCAGCCAAAUAUAUUCCACCUGGUGCCAGACAACAGAAUGCUUCUGCUGCAGCGCCAUCUACAGUACCAGCAACAACAACUCUUUCAAAUGGGGGUCCAGUGGCAUCGGCAUCAUCGACUACUGUUAAGAAAUCUGAUGAGGAGCCGCUGAAACCUACAGGGAAAUAUGUUCCUCCUGCUGUCAGGCAAGCACAGUUAGCAGCAGCAGCUAAACAACAAGAACAACAAACAUCAUCGUCUUCCUCCUCAGCUACAACUACAGCUGCUACUGCUUCAGCAACUACAUCAACAGCUGCUGCUGCUAAGCCGGCAGCUAAAUACGUGCCACCAUUUAUGAGGCAAGGUGCUGGUGCAUCACAGCAGUCGUCAUCUUCAUCAUCACAGCAACGAUCUUUGGCCCCAAUGUCGUCAAAAAAGAAAAAGGCAGCACCCAAUGUAAAUAGUGUUGAAGACUUUCCUACACUUGAACACAAACAAACAAACAAAUAGCCAUUCAAACAUGCCACGAAUUUGAAAAAGGUGAAUAUUCCGAUGGUUGCAGCUCAAAAAAGGAUGAUGUUUGAAGAAGUUGAAAUUCAAAGGUGGCAUGAAGGGUUCCAAAAAACCUCCCUAGGAAAUAAUUAUUUUUAUUCAGUCAGCUUGAAAUAACUAAAAUUCAAGUUGACAGAUUGAUUCUACUUUAUUAUCUUAUUCAAAUUCGGUUUAUUGUUUGCUCUCUCCAUCCUAUUUUUGUUGUUAAAAUCCCGUCAAUGAAUUAAUUACUAUAUCUUUAAUUUAUUAUGUUAAAGAAUUACUUUACGUGUGUAUGUAUGUGUGUAUAUAUGUAUAUACGAAGCAGUGCAUUAUCAAAUAAACUCUUCACAUUGUUGUUAUUAUUCUCAUUCUUCCGUAUUCAUAGUAUGAUUAUAAAAUGUACGCGUGUAUAUAUAUAUAUGUAUAAUUGAAAGGGUUGAUUUAAUGUUUAUUUAUAAGUUAACGUUACCUCCAUUAUGUCCAUACUUUGUUAGUAUUUUUCCCCUUAUGCACGUACAAAUCACAUAUACAGAAAAGUGUACACAUGAAUACAUAAAUGUAUACAUACAUAUGUGUGUGUUUGUUUUGAAAUGUUUGAUUUUAUUUAAUUUCCUUGAAAGAAUGUGCAGAUAUCACACAUAUAUGUGUGUAUAUGUAUGUAUGUGUAUGUGUGUGUGCGUACAAGUAUAUAUAAGUACAUAUAUGCCUGACCAUUCAGCCACAUACACAACGUAUCUAUUGGGAUGUCGAACGUGGUAUAGGUAUACCGAAAAUAGUCUUUGGUUCUAUCAUGCUUAAAUGUUCUAUCAUGCUAAAAAUAAAUAGAAAUUUUGGUUUUUAACUCAAGAAACUUGACUGAUUUAAAAUCUACCUUGAGAAAAUUUAAACAAGAAGCUAACUAACGCGGAACAUGCUGUGAUUUUCAUCGAUAAUCAUCUCUGACGGUUUUAACUCAAUGUAUAUGCAUUUGUAUGUGUAGUACGGAACAUUUUACCGAUCAAUGAAUGCGAUCACAAUUU